AAGCUGCAGACAGAGUCUGGUCUAUGAAAAUGUCCUUCUGAUCACCAGUUUUGCUUUUUCAGACAUCUGCCCUUUUAGAAGAGAGCAGAAAAUCAUGAAGUCCCAGGCCUUAGUAUCAUUCAAGGAUGUGGCUGUGGAUUUUACCCAAGAAGAGUGGCAGCAACUGAACCCUGCUCAGAGAACCCUGUACAAGGAUGUGAUGCUGGAGAACUUCAGCCACCUGGUCUCAAUGGGAUAUCCAGUUUCCAAACCAGAUGUCAUCUCUAAGUUGGAACAAGGAGAAGAUCCAUGGAUCAUAAAAAGAGACAUACCAAACUGGAUCUAUCCAGAUGAAAAUCAGGCAGAUGGAAGACAAGGGAAGAAAAGUAACCUUGACAACCCCAAAUCAUGUAUUUUGGGGUCUGUUUCCUUCCGUAAUAAUAUCCUGAAAGGAGUCACAAAAGAUAGUUCAUUGUACUCCAUCUUAAAAGUCUGUCAAGAUGAUGGUCAGCUGCAGAGAUGUCAGGAGAAUCAAGACAAGCUUCUCAGGCAAGUAACAGUCAUCAGCAACAAAACAGUGACUAUGGAGUCAGGCCAUAAAUAUAAUGCAUUGGGAAAAAUAUUUCAUGAAUGCAUAGAUCAAGAUACUUUAAAGCAAAAAUCCCAUAACUAUGAUAUAUUUAAAAAGAACUUGAAAUAUAAUAUUGACCUACGUAUUUGUAAUAAGAGCAGUUCAAGAAAAAACCUUGAUGAGAGUUUUGGAUGUGGAAAAUCAUCUAGCCAUGGUGUUUCCUAUUCUCAUCUUGAGAAAAUUCACAAUGGAGUAAUGCCCAAUAAUAAUAAUCAGUGUGGAAACAUUUUUAGUAGUAAACAAUCCCUUAUUCAAUAUCAGAAUAUUGAAACUAAGGAGAAAACCUGUGUAUGUAUUACAUGUGGAAAAGCCUUUGCUAAGAAGUCACAGCUCAUUGUACAUCAACGAAUUCAUACUGGAAAGAAACCAUAUGAUUGUGGUGCAUGUGGGAAAGCCUUCAGUGAGAAGUUUCAUCUCAUUGUACAUCAGAGAACUCAUACUGGGGAGAAACCUUAUGAAUGUUCUGAAUGUGGAAAAGCUUUCUCUCAGAAAUCAUCCCUCAUUAUACAUCAGAGAGUUCACACUGGGGAAAAACCAUAUGAAUGUAGUGACUGUGGGAAAGCCUUCUCCCAGAAAUCACCCCUCAUUAUACAUCAGAGAAUUCACACUGGAGAGAAACCUUAUGAAUGUAGAGAGUGUGGGAAGGCCUUCUCCCAGAAGUCACAGCUGAUUAUACAUCAUAGAGCUCAUACUGGAGAGAAGCCAUAUGAAUGUACUGAAUGUGGGAAAGCCUUCUGUGAGAAGUCCCACCUCAUUAUACAUAAAAGAAUUCACACUGGGGAGAAACCUUACAAAUGUGCUCAGUGUGAGGAAGCCUUCAGCAGGAAAACAGAACUCAUUACACAUCAGUUAAUUCAUACGGGGGAGAAACCUUAUGAAUGUACUGAAUGUGGGAAGACCUUCUCCCGGAAGUCACAGCUCAUCAUACAUCAGAGAACGCAUACUGGAGAGAAACCUUAUAAAUGCAGUGAAUGUGGAAAGGCCUUCUGUCAGAAAUCACACCUCAUUGGACAUCAGAGAAUUCACACAGGAGAAAAACCUUAUAUAUGCAGUGAAUGUGGAAAAGCCUUCUCUCAGAAGUCCCACCUCCCAGGGCAUCAGCGCAUUCAUACAGGAGAGAAACCAUAUGUAUGUGCUGAAUGUGGAAAGGCCUUUUCCCAGAAGUCAGAUCUUGUUUUGCAUCAGAGAAUUCAUACUGGGGAAAGACCCUAUCGGUGUGCUGUAUGUGGGAAAGCAUUCAUUCAGAAGUCACAGCUCACUGUACACCAGAGGAUUCAUAACAGUGGUAAAAUCAUAAUGAACUGAACACAAUAAAGCCUUCUCAGUAUUAGCUCAAGCCUUAAUGAAUACUAGGAACCUGACUAAUUUGAUAUUUAUGGGACAUCUUUAUAGAUAAAAUUAUACAAGAGAAUUCAUGUCUAUAGUGUGGUGAUACCUAGCUCAGCAAAGAUGAUGGAAAGUAAUCGUAAAUGAAGAACAUUUUCAACAUGGUGUGUAAAGCUUUUUAUGGUCAGUGGAACAAAUUAUGUAUAUAGAAUAUUGUCAAGUUAUAUAUUCUUUAUUAUACCAUAUAACAAUAACCAGAUAUUGUGAAAUUGCUAAUAUUAGCUUGGCAUAAUUUUGGCCAUACAGUAAUUCCCAAUAAAGGACAUGAAGAAAGCUUGAGUAAAAAAAAAAAAAAAAAUUAAGAAACUGCAUUAUAAGGAAGGGGCUUAGCAUGACCCCUAAAGAUACAUGUAAAAUUCUUGUACAAAGAUGGAAAGAUAGGUGGAUCAGAUUCAAUACAGGUGAUGUUUAUGCAUUUUCCCAUCUCAAGAAUAUAAGUUGCAUAUAAGUUGACCUGUCUCUCUGGAAGGAUCCUGGACCUUGAAAUUGGUGCACCUUGACCAGUUCUCCCGUUUAUUCUUCCUCACUAAGAGUUUGGUAUUGUGGAAAUGCUUUGGUACUGAGGCAGAUGGUCUUGUCUUUUAAUCCUGGCUCAGCUACUCACAGACUGUGUGACUUCAAGCAAGCCUACUUCACCCAUUUGAAUAUUUUAUCAUUAAAAACAUACAAUGUA